UGGAUGGAGAACAUCUAAUUUCCCCAAAAGCUGCCAUCAGCAGCACUGUGGCAAAUAUGCUACAACACUGUCCAACAAGAAAAAGAGUUCUGCUGCUUAUUCUCUUUUUUGCCUUGUCUUUCAUUACCAUGUUUCAUAAAAUGAGCAAGGUCAACUUUUUUUUGCCAUCCCCACAACCAAGGAUUUCUAAUAAAACAAGAUCUACAGAGAAAACUGAAGGAGACAUCCUCCAAGCACUACUAAAGUAUGUACCUCAAGUAAACUAUAAAGAGUUUGAUCAAACCUCCAAUGCUAAGAAAAGCCGAGCCACGUUGCUGCACCCAAAGCAAAACUAUACCAUCGGAGAGACCAUUCGAAUCCAAGUGGACAUUUGUGAUCACAAUGGAAAUCUCAAGACUUAUGGGGGAGACUUCAUUUUGGCACGCAUUCGAUCUCCAGAACAUAAGGCUGCUGCUUCAGGAGUUGUAAAGGACCUAAACAAUGGCAUUUACCAUAUUGACUUCAAAUUGUUUUGGCCAGGCCAAGUGGAAGUAGUGGUGCAGCUUGUGCAUCCAAGUGAGGCAGUGGCUGCCAUAUGGCGAGCCAAGCAGAUGGACUAUGAUAAAAUCUCUUACACUGGCAUAUUCACAAACAAUUCAGUACAGGAGAAAACAGAAUGUUAUUCUUACCUGAAAUCCAGUCAAUCAGUUUGCCUCUAUGUUGACGAGAGAGAAAAAGAGACUUAUUCUUGUCUGAAGCCAUUGACCCUUUCCUGUGAAACGCUGACAUUCUUCCAGUCAAGAAACAGUAUAACAUCCUACCUGACGAAAAAUGAAAUAAAGUUAUUGGACCGGUCAAAUAUUGCUGUGACAAUCCCUAAUGACUUCCCUACAAUUUCAGUUUUUUCAAUAAAUAAUGAACUCCUAUUAUCCAGUGAAAAGUGCUAUCUGGGAACUCUGCAACCAGUUCCAAGUGGGUUUUUCCAUUCUGGCCACUGGUAUCCUUCAUUUUGUAACUGCAGAAGCUUUCAAAAUGACAAUGAUAUCAAUAGCUGUCUUCAGGGAAAAGACUUAUACUUUAGGGGUGACUCUACAGUGCGCCAGUGGCUUGAACAUCUCACAAGUAAACUAAAAAAUUUAAAAUACUUGAAGACCACUGAGAAAUUCAAGAGUAGAGCCCCAAUGCUUGCUGUUGAUGAACAAAGAAAUAUAACCAUUGACUGGAGGAAGCAUGGCCAUCCUUGGAUUACAGUACAUUUAAAUGUUAUUAAGGAAGGUAACUAUGUGUCCAGAGAAGUAGACAAAAUUGCUGGUGGGGAAAAUAUAAUUGUAGUGAUUACAGUUGGACAACACUUCCGUCCAUUUCCCUUGGAGCUUCAUAUAAGGAGGCUUCUAAACAUCCGCAAAGCAAUUGAAAGACUGAAGGCCCGCAGUCCGAAAACAAGGGUCUUCAUUAAACUGGAGAAUAUUCGAGAGCUGACCUCUGAGACUCUCCGUUUCAGUAACUGGCAUGGCUACAUCCAAAAUCUGGCCCAAAGAGAAGUAUUUCAUGGGCUCAAUGUGACUUUCCUUGAUGCCUGGGAUAUGACUGUUGCUGACAACACGAACAAUGUUCAUCCACCCCAGCAUGUUGUACACAGCCAGGUGGCCUUGUUUUUAUCCUACCUCUGUCACAACUCUUCUGAUUGAGUUAGUCUGUCAGUUGGAGAUGUUUAGCACCUUAUGGC